AUGUAUCUGAUGGUGAGUACAAGGCCAGACAUAGCCUACUCCAUCUCUUGCCUAUCAAGAUACAUGUCCAAUCCAGGACCACCUCACUGGGAAGCCUUGAAAUGGCUGCUCAGAUAUCUUAAGCAUACUGCCCAUUAUGGUUUACAUUUUUCUAAAUAUUCAGAUAUGACUAAUCUGUGUGGUUUUGUAGACUCAAAUUAUGCUAAUGAUAGGGACAAGAGGAAGUCAACAACAUCUUAUGUCUUCACUCUAGGUGGUUCUUGUGUAAGCUGGAAGUCACAAUUGCAACAUAUUGUGGUUCUCUCUACUACUGAGUCAGAGUACAUUGCUAUCACUGAAGCAAUGAAAGAGGCCCUCUGGUUAAAAGGGGUUGUGAGUGAACUGAGGUUCCUCAAGCAGCCCAUUGUUGUAUACUCUGACAGCCAGUCAACUAUUCAAGUGUGCAAGAAUCUUGUGUUUCAUGACAGGACAAAGCACAUUGAUGUCAGGUUUCACUUCAUCCGAGAUGUUGUGGAGAAAGGUGAAGUAUUGCUAGAGAAAAUUCACACAGACUCCAAUCCAACAGAUAUAGGUAAAUCUGGUACUCAGGGUUUCUUCCCUGAGAUUGGGUUGCCUUCUCUCUGUGAAAGCUUGAGAGAUAUUACCUCUUCCUUUGUCUCUGGCGUGAGUGCAAGGUGUGAGGAGAUCCUCCGAGAGUUGAGUGUUGUUGUUGUUGUUGUAGCCGGUGUGAAGCGGUUGGCUGAGUAUAUGGUGUGCGGUGGUGGAUCUAGGGUUCCGCUAUACCCAGAUUAUAUCAAGCCUUCGGCUGAUCUAUAUCUAACCGAGCCCAAAAAUUAUGGCCCAAAAAAAAUCACUUCAACAGACUUGUAUAAGAGUCUGGUGAAGGUGAUAAAAGAUUUGGAUUUGAUCAAGAAAGAAGUGAUUGCGAUCGUUGCAGUCAAAGAUCAGCUGCAGAGACAAGUCUCUACAUCGGCUAGUUUCUCAACAUCUUCGAAUAAGUUGAUGUCGUGUUUUAACUCAUGGAGAUCGUUGCAAUCAAAUAUGGAAAUUGUUGCAGUCAAAUAUCAGCCAAGGAGACAAGUCUCAACAUCUGUUGGUUCCUCCUCUAGGCUGAACAACACAACCAUGGUGGGCUCUGAUGAUGUGAUGCUUCAGCUCAUGGAGAACCUCACUUAUGGAGAACCGGGUCGCCAAGUCAUUCCAAUAGUAGGAAUGGCAGGAAUUGGUAAGACCACUCUUGCCACUAAUGUUUAUGCAAAACCACGUAUUGCUCACCAUUUUGAUAUAUGUGAUUGGGUUACAAUUUCUCAACAAUAUAACACACAAGAACUUCUUUCUAAAAUUCUAUCUCAAGUCAAUAAGGAAGAGAAAGAACGGGUGAGUAAAAUAAACGAAGAUGAAAUUGGAUUGCUACUCCACAAACAUUUAUCGUAUAGGAGAUAUCUAAUUGUACUGGAUGAUAUGUGGACUAUUGAGGCAUGGGAGGAGAUACAAUGCUAUUUUCCUGACUAUGGUAAUGGUAGUCGGAUAGUUGUCACAACUAGGUUAUCGAAUUUGGGAUCUCAAUUGGAUAGCAAUUUUGGCAUUGAAAUAAAAUUUAUGGAUGAUGAAAGUAGUUGGGAUUUGUUCUGCAAAAUUGUGUUUAGGGAAAAAAAUCGCCCGUUGGAAUUGGAGCAGAUUGGAAAGAAGAUUGUAAAGAGUUGCAGAGGACUUCCAUUAUCAAUUGUUGUGAUGGGAGGUCUUUUGGAAAAAUUGGAACGAACUGAAGAAUGUUGGGAAUCACUAGUGAAUUCACAGAAUAAUGAACAUUGCUUGAAAAUAUUGAAGUUGAGCUACAAACAUUUCCCCGUGUAUCUUAAGCCGUGCUUUCUAUAUAUGGGAACAUAUGAGGAGGAUAGUCAGAUUCGAGUCUUAACAAUAAUCAAGAUAUGGGUUUCCGAAGGAUUUUUAAAACCAACGAGCGGCAAGGGAUUGGAAACAAUUGCAAGGGAGUAUUUAGACGAACUAGUUGAUAGAAAUCUAGUUCUUGUUUACAAGUUUGGGAAAACUGGAAAUAUGAAGUACUGCAAAAUCCAUGAUUUGUUUAGAGACCUUUGCUUGAGAGAAGCUCGAAAAGAGAGGUUUUAUCAUGUGGUUGGGAAGCUUAGUCCUCAAGGCACGUGUAGCCAACGGCGUGUAGUUAUUCCAAGAAGAAUUUCAAAGAAGGAAGUCAUUGAUUCCAUGAUAUCCACAUCAUAUUCCCAUUCUUGUAUAAGUGAUCGUAAAAUAGUUCCAAUGUUAUAUCAGACUUACGAUUAUUGAGGACAUUAAAAGCAUGAUGAAGAUUUCUAUGGAGGAUAUGCAUAUACCAUGGGGAAAUUGUAUGGAUUAGUUAAUUUAAGGCUUCUUAUUUUUAUUGCUCA